AUGUUACAUAGUAGUAUUUUUACUAAAGACUCCAAAUAUAGAAAAGAAUAUUUUACAACAUGCUACGAAGACCGCCCUUUAAUUGUGCAGAAUAAGAUGACAAACAAGCACACAUUCCACCUGAUGUUUUGUGGUAACGACCCGGAUGUAAUGGCUGCAGCUGCUAAACUUGUUGAAAAGGAUUGUGAUGCAAUAGAUGUGAAUCUUGGAUGCCCUCAGUCUAUAGCAAAGCGUGGCAAAUAUGGUGCUUUUUUACAAGAUGAUUGGUCCCUGUUACAAAAAAUUGUAAGUGCCAUGUCAAAAGCUGUUACAGUACCCAUUACUUGUAAAGUAAGAGUUUUUGAAAGCAUUGAUAAAUCAAUACAAUAUGCUUUGAUGUUACAAAAUGCUGGAUGCAAGUUGUUAACAGUACAUGGAAGGACAAGGGAACAAAAGGGACCAUUAACGGGUAUUGCAAGUUGGAAACAUAUUAAGGCAAUUAGGGAUGCGGUAUCAAUACCCAUGUUUGCAAAUGGUAACAUACAAUGCUUAGAGGAUGUUAACAGAUGCUUAAAUUACACUCAAGUUGAUGGUAUUAUGAGCGCAGAAGGAAUUUUAACAAAUCCUGCCCUUUUUGAAGGUGUUAAUGCAGUGACUUGGGAAGUUACCAUGGAAUACCUUGAUCUAGUGCAAAAAUAUCCAUGUCCGUCAUCUUUUAUCAGGGGCCAUUUGUUUAAGAUUUUCCAUAAAAUAUUUACUUUUGACAAUAACAAUGAAGAUAGGCAGCUCCUUGCUACAGGACAAAAUUUGGAUGACUUCCGACAAGUUUGCAUUAACAUUAGAGCUAAAUACUUACCAUUCCAUGAAGGUAGAAUGAAUUUUCAGGAUGAUGAAGGUAUAACAAGACGAGGAUUUGACUUAAUAUUACCUCCGUGGAUAUGCCAACCAUAUGUAAGAAUUUCGCCAGAGGAGCACACUCAAAAAAUGGAACUUCUGAGUAAACAACAGGAUUGUAAUAUUAAAAGAAUUCAUGAGGAUUCUGAUGGAAAUGCUAUUUCUAGAAAGAAAAUGAAGAAAUUGAGGCGAUAUUUGAGAAGACCCAAUAAAUCAGAUGCACAAACCAAUAGAGUGAGAGAAAUAUGUGCUAAUGAUGUUUGCCCAAAUCCACUGGGCGCAAAGUGUGUACAUCUGUUUUGCAAAAAGUGUUGUAGGAACAAAUGCUAUGAAGAAGAUCUUAUUUGUGAGGGCCAUGGUAUCCGUGUAUAUAAACCAAAAAAAGCAAAAGAAAAUGAAGACAUUAAUGAGACGUAA